CACAGUUUACGGCAAUUUACUCGUUUUUCGGUAUGCCUUCUCAGCCAUCUCUUUUUCCUUUAUAUUAUCCCAGCUGCCUUUUCAGCUAGCCAAUCAGCUAAUUACAGCUGUCUCUAGCUAUAAUCUAGUCUAAUCGGCACUGGGCUAGUUGUUGGCGGUUGGGUAGCUAGCCACUUGCCUAUUGUCCCUCACAGUGUGCCCACGCUGUUCCUCUUUAUUAUACACCUUAAACAUAAGGCAGCGAAGUAACGGAAGAGAGCCAGCCAAAACGCACACCAGUCUCAUUGUGGGUCCUAAAGGCACCUAUUGACUCAUCUUUGUUAACCUACCUUCAUUGACUAAACAACUGGAGCAACGUUGCCUAUUCACAAUGACUAAGUGAUUACGACGUAAUAGGGAGCGAACCGGCCAAAACGCACACCAUCUCGUCUCCAGUCCCACCGCAUACAAAGCGCAUCGAUUCUGUCAACGAUUCAUUACCUGUCACGCAGGAAUUGGACCAGCCCUUAUAAGCCUACAUACGCAAACCGCAAAACGCGUCUACGUUUUGCGUGGCAUUGUCGUGUUGCUAUACUGGUAUCAUCCGUUCUAAACUCUCCCACAACCCAAUUUUGCGCGGACUUCUGCAAGUCCAGCGGAGGUUGCCUAUGAGCUAGGUCUCUGCGCCAACAUGCCCGCUGUGGUACAAGGGCAGGGCAUCAUCGACGCUAUCGACGCCCUCGAUCAGCGGAUGCAACAGAACCACCAGGAGACGCGGCAGCACAUGAAGCACAUGCAGCACAUGCAGCACAUGCAGCAGCACAUACGACAGCAGAUUUUAGGGCUAGACAGUCGCCUAGAUCGCCUAACGGUAGAAAUGCGGGCGAGGGACACGAACAACCAUGUCCGACUCACGAACAACGAGCUCGUAAAGACGGGGGAUCGGCCCCUUAAGCCUCUCUACUCAAUUAUGACCGGAGAUGUGGUCCCCGACUUCCCCCAAACCCUGGAUGCUGUGAUGCGGUUGAACGACAAUGAAGCAAACGGCAUCCUGCAGCAUCUAGGUCAUGACAUGGCACAUGCCUCGAUCGUUGCCAAAAGACGGCGAAUCAAAUCGUUGUGCGGGCUUGUCGCAUUCUAGAGCCACCUGGACCCGAUGGGACCAACACGAACGCAAGACGGACACUCACAAGGGAAGCUGAGUAAUGCCCUAGAACGGCGGAGGGAGGAAGCAGCUCGGGACGCUACGGUGAAACACCAUGAGACAGGAUUCGUUGGAUGGGCUGCUAUUCAAUUUUUGCGGCCACUCCAGCUCAGUGGGUUAGAUAAUAGAGGAUAGGUUCGAUUCCUGACAGCGCUACUUGGUAGUCUCUAUUGUUUAGCCUAUCUACUCCGAUGAGAAAAAGUUCCCAGA